GUCUGUUUGCAGCAGCAGUGUGGGAGUACCCAAACUUACAGCGAGAAUUGACUGUCACCUGGAGGAAUAACAACAGAUUCUUCAUAGAGCAAGUUAAACGUGUUGAAUUGACAGCAUCUAAAUGGAGGUGAAAAACUAACCUGCUGCUUCUCGGCCGACAUUGAUCGAUUGAUUGAUUGAACGGAAUAAUCAAAGAGCAUGGUGAGGACUUCUGCCAAGCAGAAGUGAACAAAUGAUCAUGAGCAAAAAAUAUGGAUCCACAAACGUGUCUGAGGUGGAGGAACAUAUUUCUCUGAAAUAUGAAAUCAAGAAGAGGCUUGGAAAGGGGGCCUAUGGCAUCGUAUGGAAGGCAGUUGACAGACAGACUGGGGAGAUUGUGGCUGUGAAAAAGAUCUUUGAUGCCUUCAGAAACAGGACAGAUGCCCAGCGGACAUUCAGAGAAAUCAUGUUCCUUCAGGAGUUUGGAGAUCAUCCCAACAUUGUCAAACUUCUAAAUGUCAUCCGAGCGCAAAAUGAUAAAGACAUUUACCUCAUUUUUGAAUAUAUGGAUACUGACCUGCAUGCAGUGAUUAAGAAAGGCACCCUACUGAAGGACAUCCAUAAACGUUAUGUGAUGUACCAGCUCUUCAAAGCCAUCAAAUACCUGCAUUCAGGAAAUGUUAUCCAUAGGGACCAAAAGCCAUCCAACGUGCUCCUGGACACAGACUGUGUAGUCAAGCUGUGUGAUUUCGGCUUGGCCAGAUCACUCAACCAGAUCCAAGAGGACAGUGGGAAUCCUGCACUGACGGAGUAUGUGGCGACGCGGUGGUAUCGAGCUCCUGAGAUCCUGCUGGGGUCUGCAAGGUACACUAAAGGAGUAGACAUGUGGAGCCUUGGCUGUAUCCUGGGAGAGAUGCUGCUGGGAAAAGCCCUGUUCCCUGGGACAUCCACUAUCAACCAAAUAGAGAAGAUCAUGAGUGCCAUACCACACCCAAGCCCAGAAGAUAUUCUCGCAAUCAAAUCUGAAUAUGGCUCCUCUGUCAUUCAGAGAAUGCUACUGAAACCACAGGUGCCUCUGGAGGAUCUUCUCCAACCAUCUGUGCCUCCUGAUGCUCUGGACCUGCUGAGGGGUUUGCUCGUUUUCAACCCAGACAAGCGGCUGACUGCCGAGCAAGCCCUCCAACACCCAUAUGUAGCCAGGUUCCAUAAUCCAGCCAAGGAGCCAGCUCUAAACUAUGAUGUCGUGCUGCCAGUGGAUGAUGAUGUGCAAUUAUCUGUGGUUCAGUACCGCAACAAACUUUAUGAGAUGAUACUGGAGAGGAGAACUAACCAAGGGAUGCUAAGACUGAUCCAGCCGAAGGAUAUGGGCUGUGUCGGUAGCAGGGAGAAGCCCAGUGUUAAGGAUAAUGGAGAGAAAGGCCCAGCGGCAGUGAAUGGUGAUGGUAAUGUCGACCAUGAGGAGAAACCACAACAUGAAAAGACUGAUGAGAAAAACCACGUGCCUUCACAUACGGGCGUCACCAAACCUGAGCCUGUGAAUGUAUCCACCCAGCCUGUUGUGGAGAAGACGAGUCCAUUAACUAGCCCUGGCUUGGGGAAACUCACAUAUAAUCCCAUCACACAUGCCCCAAACAGUUUUGCUCGGAGCCCAGCUGGUCCUCCACAUUACUAUCAUUCAACUGCAGGCAAUAGGAAACCAGUGGGACAGACUAGUAAUGGAAAUGCAACUACAUCACCAACAGAGGGCACUAAUGCUAAUACAUCCAUGGACCAGAUUCUCCAGCGUGGUCGCUCAGCCCCUGUGGCCCAUAACCGUUCCUUCUCCUUGACCCUAAACCAAACGACCAACAACCCGCUAGUUCGCAAGGAUGAGCCGUCUUUGUCUUCAGGGCUACAUGUCGCAUCUGCACGCCUGAACCAACGAUCCAACCCUCAGGUCUGUGAGGCUCGUCCCCUGCCACGGUUCAGCAAAAAAGUAUUUCAGAGUAAUUGUAAUGUGGCAGCUGCAGGUGACCCUCGAGCCAAACUCGGCAGUUAUUCCCAGGCCUAUGGUACUAUCAACAAGACUGAACUGGACAAUCUGCUUCGAAGUCGUCCUUACAACCAGUAACUGCUGUCAUGUCAGUGGUUGCAUAGGGGCUCGGUGUCAACUGUCUUUAAACAUACAACAAGGUUUGCCUUGUGAUACAAUCAUAUGCACAUGGCAAACUGAAAGAGGUCAAAGAAACUGUUAAGACUGUUAGUGCAAACAUCAUUGUGUACUGUGUAGAAUAUAACCGCUGUCUGUGACAGUGAAUACAUAAUUGUAAAAUCCAGUGUGACUUCAUAUUACAUUUAUCAAACUGUACCAGCAAGUCAUGAGGCUAUGCAUAUCUCAUUUUUCAAGAAGUUUUACUUAUCUUCACUUCUUACAAGGCUGGAUCACCAGCCACCCACAGCUGGCAGCUACCCUGGAGCCCAAGACUUUCAAGGGCCCUGAAGGCCCCAUUUUCUUUGAGUGUCAGUUGGUUUGUGAUAAUUUGAUUGAUACAAAUUUCUUUGGGAAUGUGUCAAUCAUCACAAACAGGGGGUCAGGAGGGGCCCAGUGCAGGGUAAAACCAGCCAUACAUCAAUCUAUGUAGCUAACCUAUGAGCUUAAUGAUUUAUGUACAUUAAGUCAGUGGGUUUCAGGUGGACACAGAAUGACUGUAAAAUAUACAAAUAGUUGUUUGAAUUGAUUAUAUGCAACAAGUAUCUUUCAGUACAGCAGCAAUAAGCCUACUUGUUCUUCUAAUGUGUACAGAAAUAAAAAGAUGAGUGUUUCUUGUA